AUGGAUAUCACACCUGAAGCAGUACCAAAAGACUGCAACAAGACGCAGAUGACUCCGUAUCACAAGUUUAGAAGGCGCAUUGAGCUUUUAUUCGUUGAUUUUCUCUAUAAAUUAACUUUGAUUAAUAUGGAACCUUCUAUGGAGUCAUUCACAUUAAUCUGUUUUACACUGUGGCAUAUCUGGAAGACUCGUAAUGCCAUUAUUUUCAGGCAAGAAUAUUACUCUAUUGAAGAUACUAUAUUAUUUGCUUCUAAAGCUUGUGAUGAAUAUAUCUUAGUAUUAUCUAUGGAACACCCACCAAACAGUACUGUAAGUCAUACAUUGUCAGCUCCUUAUCCUUUUUAUUCUCUCCCGCGUGACUGUAUUAAGCUUAGUGUGGAUGCUGCUACUGAUAAACAACACAAGUUUGGGGUGGUUGCAGCUAUUGCCAGGAAUUCCUCAGGUUUAAUAAUUGGCCAAUUCUCUGCUUGUUUUCGUGCUAUAUGGGAUUCAGGUAUUCUGGAAUUUCUGGCUGUUCGUGAGGCUUUAAACUGGGCUAUAUCACAUUGUUGGUCUUCUAUUUGGUUGGAAGGAGAUGCACUUCAGGUUAUUCGCUCAUUGUAG